AUGGAUCGGCUGUCGAAAUGGAUGACUUCACGCAGGAGCAGUCACAUCAGCAGGUGUUCCAUCGAUGCAUACCGCUCGGAACUAGUUGGAACAGAGCAAGAGUAUCCAGACCCUCCAGUGGCCACUAGUCUGGGCUUGCCUGAAGAUCACGCUGAGGCUUUAGGAACUAGCCGCCAGAUCAGUGCAAGAAGGACACCAGUAUGUAGCAAUUCAUACGCGCAGAUCUCUCUGUCACCUUCAGUGGGCGUCUUGGAUAGCACACUGAACGUUGGAGGUGAAUCUCGAGCUGAAAAUAUUCAGUUUGAGGAAACGGCUGUUGAGGGAUCUAAAGGCGAGGCCGCCGCAAGCUAUGGAGAUGAGGAUGCAAUAGGCGAGGUGAACAUUAAUGAGUGUACGUAG